CACUUCUCUUUGACCCCCCGAUCGCCUCCCCUUCCGGCAAACGCAAUUUCCGCUAUAUUUCUCUCUCUUUCUCUCUGGUUUAUCAUUUGGAUUAGGGUUUCUGAGCUCGAGAGACAUGGUGAGAGGACUUUUCAACAAGCUCCGCUCCCUCUCCGUCGCCGGGAAAUGGCAGCAGCAACAGCUUCGUCGUCUCAACAUCCAUGAAUAUCAGGGAGCUGAGUUGAUGGGCAAAUAUGGUGUCAACGUGCCUAAAGGCGCUGCAGUCGGUUCUUUGGAUGAAGUGAAAGAGACUAUUCGGAAGGUGUUUCCGAACGAUAAUGAGUUGGUGGUUAAAAGCCAAAUUUUGGCUGGUGGAAGAGGCUUAGGAACGUUUAAGAAUGGUCUCAAGGGUGGAGUCCACAUUGUCAAGACUGACCAGGUUGAAGAUAUUGCUGGGAAGAUGCUUGGGCAGAUACUUGUAACCAAACAGACUGGUCCUCAGGGAAAAAUUGUUAGCAAGGUUUAUUUAUGUGAAAAGCUGUCACUUGUUAAUGAGAUGUACUUUGCAAUCACUUUGGAUAGAAAAACUGCUGGUCCGCUUAUAAUUGCUUGCAGUAAAGGAGGAACCAGCAUUGAAGAUCUUGCUGAGAAAUUUCCAGAUAUGAUUAUAAAGGUGCCGAUUGAUGUUUUCAAGGGAAUUACAGAUGAAGACGCUGCAAAAGUAGUGGAUGGAUUGGCUCCCAAAGGUGCUGACAGAAAUGAAUCUAUUGAACAAGUGAAGAAGUUAUAUAAGUUGUUUUGUGAGAGCGAUUGCACAUUGUUGGAAAUAAAUCCGUUGGCUGAGACUGCUGAUAACCAGCUGGUAGCUGCUGAUGCUAAGUUGAAUUUUGAUGAUAAUGCUGCAUUUCGCCAGAAAGAAAUAUUUGCUUUACGUGAUCCAACACAAGAGGAUCCUCGGGAGGUUGUUGCUGCCAAAGCAGAUUUGAAUUACAUUGGGCUGGAUGGGGAGAUUGGUUGCAUGGUGAAUGGGGCUGGUCUAGCAAUGGCUACUAUGGAUAUAAUUAAACUGCAUGGGGGAACUCCUGCCAACUUCCUAGAUGUUGGUGGGAAUGCUUCUGAAGGCCAGGUGGUUGAGGCAUUUAAGAUAUUGACAUCUGACGAUAAGGUGAAAGCAAUUUUGGUGAACAUAUUCGGAGGAAUUAUGAAGUGUGACGUGAUAGCUAGUGGUAUCGUCAAUGCCGCCAAACAUGUUUCUCUGAAAGUACCCGUAGUUGUUCGUCUUGAAGGCACUAAUGUCGAUCAGGGAAAGAGAAUCCUGAAGGAAAGUGGUAUGGCAUUGAUCACAGCAGAGGACCUGGACGAUGCUGCUGCAAAAGCAGUCAAGGCAGCAUAUGUAUAAGCAGAGAUCGUAGCCUGGUUCCUGUUAUAAUUUUAUUUCAUCAUAUAAUUCUUUUUGAGGCGAAACCAAUUUGCACUUUCUGUGCUUUGUGCUGUGAAGAUUCACAAGCGUGUAGUUUGGGCUAUAGACAAAAAUUGGCAAAGCAUUAAAGAAUAUUUUGACUAAAACUGUAACCAGAGUUGUCAAUGAUUCUCAAUAAUGUUUUCUUCUCAAAUUUCAUUGGAAGAAUUUUUGCAUUUGUAGUUA